AUGGUGAGUUUUGCUGAAUUUUUCGAGGUUUUGAGAGGUAAUUUGUUGUUUUCAGCCAAGCAAGAAGGUUAUCAAGAAGAAAGUCGCCUCAGUGCCAGCGCACAUCCGCGCCCAAACUCAAGUCCAAAAGGAGGUGAAAAACCCACUUUUCGAGAAGAGAUCGCGCAACUUCAACAUCGGUAAGUACUGUCAAUAUCUAGAGAAAGAGGCGAAAAAAAAUAAUAUUUUCGAGUUAAUUUAUGGCGAAAUCCCAAAAUUUCGUAUAUUUUCGAAAAUACUGCUCUUGACAUGUGAUUAGCGAUCCUCUUCGGGGUUGAUUGCUUCUCUACGUAGAGCAUCGGGAGCUUUCUGUUAGGUUCAAACCCGGUCUACCUUGUCAUAUAUCAACAAUCUGUGCGGCCCUCUACCGCCUCUUGAGAUGCCCGGAUUGAAUUGCAUAUUCCUUAUCUCUCCGUAGUUCCUAUGGAACCGUGACGGUUGGGACAAACCAUGCAAAUUACAACUAAAAUUUAUCAAUGUUUCUAUUUUCCAGGACAAGAUGUUCAACCAAAGAGAGACGUCACCCGAUUCGUCAAAUGGCCAAAAUACAUCCGCCUUCAACGUCAAAAGACCGUCCUCCAAAAGCGUCUGAAGAUCCCACCAACCAUCAACCAAUUCAGACAAGCUCUUGACCGUCAAACCGGUUGGUAACCCUUUUUUAAUCAGAGUAAUGUAAUAAGCGAGCCUUGUGCUUCGCCAUGAUGCAUUUUACCUCUGAAAGGGCAAGUAAGCAUUUAUACAUUCCUGAUAUAUUUUCCUCGAGUAACUUGGGAAACCGAGUUACUUUUUGAGUUUCAAAAAUAAUGGUAAUUUUUCAGCCACCCAAGCUUUCAAGCUUUUGGACAAAUACCGUCCAGAAUCUGCUGAAGCCAAGAAGGAGCGUCUCCGCGCCCGUGCCGAAGCUCGCGCUGCCGGAAAGAAGGAAGAGGUCACCAAGAGACCAAACACCGUCCGUCACGGAAUCAACACCAUCACCAGAUUGGUCGAGACCCGUCGCGCUCAAUUGGUCCUCAUCGCCCACGACGUCGACCCAAUCGAGAUCGUUCUUUUCUUGCCAGCACUCUGCAGAAAAUUCAACGUUCCAUACGCCAUCGUUAAAGGAAAGGCUGCUCUCGGAACCGUUGUCCGCAGAAAGACCACCGCCGCUUUGGCUCUCGUUGAUGUUAACCCGUAAGUUUAUUUACCAGUGAUUUUUAAAAUAAUUACAUUUUCUAUAUUUUCAGAGAAGACAAAUCGGCUUUGUCCAAACUCGUCGAAACUGUCAACAACAACUUCAACGAGCGCAGUGAAGAAAUCCGCAAACACUGGGGAGGUGGUAUCAUGUCCGCCAGAUCUGACGCUCGCAAGCUCAAGCUCGAACGUGCUCGCGCCCGUGACCUCGGAAAACUUUAA